CUUCCGGGUCGGGUCGAGCCGAAAAGAAGGGAGGGAGGGAGAGAGAAGGCGCGGGCGGACAGGCCUCUAAAACAGGGCGAAGCUCCUUGGAUUGUCCCUCCGGGCGUUCCGUAGUCGCUUCCUCCUCCUCCUCCUCCGCGGCGUCUUUUCCUCCUCCUCCGCGGCGUCAAGUCCCUUCCAGGCACCCGUAGCCCUCGGGUCAAGGAAGAGGCCUGGGCUCCUCUCCUUGUCAUGGAGGCCUAGUGGGCGCAGGGAGCCUUUUGGAUUGACCCCAAAACCGAUCCAGAGGGGCUUUGGAGGGCUCUGAGCCCCCGGAACUAAAUUGCUGGGUCUUUGGAGAGGGGUCUCCUUUCCUCUUGAACAGUGCUUCCCAACCUUGGGGGUCCUCCAGGCCAUUUUGGACUACAGCUCCCAGAAUCCCUGGCCAUUGGGGCAAGUGGCUGAGGCUUCUGGGAGUUGUAGUCCAAAACCUUAGGCGAGCCAAAGGAAGGAUGAGGGGGUGAGAGCCUGAGUGGGGCCUAGAGGGACCUAUUUUCCUUGGCUCCCUGCCCCAAAAGGAUGGGGCAGGGGCUCCCUGGGGGCCAAGGGGCCGCCUGAACCCUUGUCUCUGGCGGCGGAGGGCGAACGGCGCCACGACGAAAAGCCCCGGAGCCCCCCCUGACCCCGCGGGGGUCGCCCCGCAUGUGCCCCUUCCCUGCUGCAGAGCCACGGAGGAGGAGGAGGAAGAGGAAGAAGGGGCGCCGCUGCAGGAGUCCCCAGGUCCAGCCCUGGCGCCGGCCGGGGAGAGCGUUGGCGUCAGUGGCGGUGUUGGCGUCAGCUGGCACUGGAGUUCGCGUGAGGAGGAGACGGCGAUGGAGAGCCUGGCCGGCUACGUCUACAAGGCAGCCAGCGAGGGCCGGGUGCUGACCUUGGCCGCUCUGCUCCUCAACCGCUCCGAGAGCGACGUCCGCUUCCUGCUGGGCUACGUCACCCACCAAGGCGGGCAGCGCUCCACGCCCCUCAUCAUCGCCGCCCGCAACGGACACACCAAGGUGGUGCGCCUCCUCCUGGAGCAUUACCACGUCCAGACGCAGCAGACCGGCACCGUGCGCUUCGACGGUUACGUCAUUGAUGGUGCCACAGCGCUGUGGUGUGCAGCCGGCGCUGGCCACUUCGAAGUCGUCAAGCUCCUGGUGACCCAUGGGGCCAAUGUCAACCACACUACAGUGACCAAUUCCACACCGCUGCGGGCCGCCUGCUUCGACGGCAGGCUUGAUAUCGUGAAGUACCUGGUGGAAAACAACGCCAAUAUCAGCAUUGCCAACAAGUAUGACAACACUUGCCUUAUGAUCGCUGCUUACAAGGGGCAUGUGGACGUGGUGCGGUAUCUUCUGGAGCAGAAUGCUGAUCCCAAUGCCAAAGCACACUGUGGUGCCACAGCCUUACAUUUUGCUGCUGAGGCGGGCCACUUGGAGAUUGUUCGUGAAUUGGUUAAGUGGAAGUCCGCCAUGAUGGUGAACGGCCAUGGCAUGACGCCACUGAAAGUGGCCGCUGAGAGCUGCAAAGCGGAUGUUGUGGAGAUGCUGCUGGCACAUGCCGACUGUGAUCGCAAGAGUCGGGUGGAGGCUUUGGAACUCCUGGGUGCCUCGUUCGCCAAUGACAGAGAGAAUUACGAUAUCAUGAAGACCUACCAUUAUUUAUAUCUAGCCAUGCUGGAGCGGUACAGGGACAGCGAGAACAUUAUAGAGAAGGUGGUCCUGCCUCCGAUAGAAGCUUAUGGCAGCCAAACCGAGUGCCGGACUCCUCAGGAACUAGAGGCCAUUCGCCAGGACAGAGAUGCCCUCCACAUGGAGGGACUCAUUGUCCGAGAGCGGAUUCUGGGCUCUGACAAUAUUGACGUUUCGCACCCCAUCAUUUACCGUGGUGCUGUUUAUGCAGAUAAUAUGCAGUUUGAACAGUGCAUCAAACUGUGGCUCCACGCCUUGCAUUUGAGGCAGAAGGGCAACAGAAACACCCACAAGGACCUCCUCCGGUUUGCUCAAGUCUUCUCUCAGAUGAUCCACCUGAAUGAGCCGGUGAAAGCCAAGGACAUUGAGAGCGUCUUGCGGUGCAGUGUCUUGGAGAUCGAGCAAGGCAUGGCUCGGGUGAAAAGCGCACAGGAGGCCGAGGUCCACACAGCCCUGGACAACUACGAAUGCAACAUCUUCACCUUCUUGUACUUGGUGUGCAUCUCCACCAAGACCCAGUGUAGGGAGGAGGAGCAAGCGCGGAUUAACAAGCAGAUUUAUAAUUUGAUCCACCUGGAUCCCAGGACACGAGAUGGGUCCAGCUUGCUCCACCACGCGGUCAACUCUAGCACUCCGGUGGAUGACUUCCACACCAACGACGUCUGCAGCUUCCCCAAUGCGCUGGUCACCAAGCUGCUCUUGGACUGUGGCGCCGACGUCAACGUGGUGGACAGUGAGGGCAACACGCCGCUUCACGUCAUCGUCCAGUACAACAGGCCCAUCAGCGACUUCUUGACUUUGCACUCCAUCAUCAUCAGCCUGGUGGAGGCUGGUGCGCACACAGAUAUGACGAACAAGCAGAAGAAGACGCCUCUGGACAAAAGUACCACCGGGGUGUCGGAAAUACUCCUUAAAACUCAAAUGAAGCUGAGUCUGAAGUGCCUGGCUGCCCGAGCCGUGCGGGUUUAUCAUAUCAAUUAUCACAACCAGAUCCCCAAGACACUGGAAGAGUUUGUAGAAUUUCACUAGGGCACAUCUCUUGGGGUAUAUGCGGGCGGAUGGCUGGGCGGGCGGUUGUGCCCCUUCUCACCUCCCUCCACAAAACAUGGCCACAGUCUAGUCAAUAAAAUACCAGGCAGCGUUUCUGGGUUUCCUUUUUCUUCUCCUUUCUUUCUGUAGCAAGUGCACACCAUCCACCUCCUCAAAAACUUGCUGUCUUGCUUUCAUUUGUUAACUUCUCUUCUGGCCUCCGAAAUUUGAGUGGGCAAAGUGGAAGGGGUUGGUCUCUUUCUUUUCACGAACUGGGGAGGGUGGAUGGGACGGGGAGAGAAGUCAGACUCAAAACGAGGAUAUAAGUGUAUUUUGAUACUCUGACGCACACGGGUUUUACCAUUGACAGCCGAGAAUGCUU